AUGCAUUUCACCGCUGUUGCUCUUGCUGCCCUCGCAGGAUUUGCCCCUCUCAUUGAGGCUCAUUACACCUUCACUCAGCUGAUGGUCAACGGUUCCNNCCCUGUCGGUAAAGACUGGCAGUACAUCCGUCAGCACACCAGAGGCUACCAGCCUACCAAGGGCUCAGAGAUUCUCCAGACCGACUUCCGCUGCAACACGGGUGCUGGAUCGGGCGCCAACACUGAGGUCUACUCCGUCAAGCCCGGUGACAAGAUCGGCAUGAAGCAGGGCUUUGGUGCAAACGGAAUUGAGGUGGGUAUCUAUGCUCUUUAUCUGACAAGAAGUUUACUAACGUUCUUUUGCUUCUCANNGCACCCUGGUCCCGCUCAAGUCUAUCUGAGCAAGGCACCUGGUUCAGUCAAGAGCUACGAUGGUAGUGGUGACUGGUUCAAGGUCCAACAAGACAUCCUCUGCAAGUCAGGCAGCCCCGAGUCCCUCAAGACCGACGCAUGGUGCAUCUGGAAGAAGAACAACAUCGAGUUCACUGUCCCUGACAACAUUCCCGAUGGCGAAUACCUCGUCCGCAGCGAGCACAUUGGUAUUCACGGUGCCCAUGACGGUCAAGCUGAAUUCUACUACUCCUGCGCUCAAAUCAAGGUCCAAGGUGGCAAAGGCUCCUCUACCCCCGCGGGUGUCAAAAUCCCCGGUGUCUACCAAGUCAAUGACAAGGCUAUCAACUUCAGCGUCUGGGGCUCUGCUACUUCUUACCCUGAUCUGCCCGGUCCUGCUGUUGCUGCUGGCGGUCGCACUACUGGCUCUAUCGAUGGCAAGAGCAGCGGUACUUCUAUGGCUAAGCGUGCUCUCCAAGGUGGCUCUCUCGCUUCCAGAGCUGCUGCUGAGGUCAACAAUGCUUAG